GAACGGCUGUUAACGAUGACUAUCUGCAAACCACAAAGGUCAUUAGCCUGUACACUAUAUCAUGAGAAUGAUAAGAUAAAAGCCCCGUCACUCUCUUUCUUUCCGUCGGAACGCAAGAAACAAGGAAUAAUAACAAUGAUCAAAACAAUCAUCAUAUGUCUUGUCGCAACAGCGCUUGCACAACCUAUUGACCCAGGCAAUGUGCCAUGUGGUGUUCCGACAGUUCAACCGAUCACAAGUAGAAUUGUAGGCGGUGUUGUCGCAAAACCCGGGUCGUGGCCAUGGACUGUUCUACUUGCUGAUGCUAUUGGUUUCAUCUCGGGAUCCGGAGCUCUUAUUAACCCACAUGUUAUACUCACUUCUGCCCAGCACUUCGAAGGGCCCAAUUACUCAAUUUUCGACCUUGACCUUCAUUACUGGAGAGUAUAUGCCGGCGAGUACAAUAUCAGUACCAAUGACCCCCAUGAGAAGUACUACCACAUCAACAGAGUUGUCCUUCAUCCUGGAUAUAACAUAACCAGCCUUGAAAAUGACAUAGCUCUUAUCAUCACAAAGGAAGCUAUUCAAUAUAACGAUCAUACUAGACCUGCGUGUCUGCCUGAUGCCAGCCACACCUACACCGUGGGUGAAAUGUGCUAUCUUCCAGGCUGGGGAAGCACUUCAAACACUGGAGAUGAAGAAGUGAUGAACCAGGUAGGACUUCCAAUCAUUGACGAUACCACGUGCUCGAGCCACUGGAACGAUUUCCUUCCCGCAACUGAACUAUGCGCUGGUUAUGAAAAUGGAGGAAAAGAUUUCUGCGGUGAUGAUAUUGGAAGUCCACUCAUGUGCAAGGAUCAGAGCGGUGCUUGGUACAUCCAGGGACUUGCAUCCUCUGGUGGAGACUGUAAGAAAGCUGACGAACCAGGAAUAUUUGAAGAUGUUUCAAUGUAUUCUGAUUGGAUAAAAAAGACCAUGGAAGACGCUGGUUAUGCAUAUCCCUACUAGACUGGUCAAUGUCACUAAUAUUUCAGAAAACAUUGUUGAAAAGAAUAGACCAUUAAAGUAUAUUUUGCCGUUAA